GUAACUAUCUCCUACCCAAAGCGUAGGUGAGGGGUUGUUUUCGGGUGCUGACAAAACUCAAGCUAAUAUCGGCCCGAGAGUCGGCAGUGAACUCUACAUCCACGCACUCCGUUAAGUAAUUCUCACCUAUUGGGGCGUCGGAUUUGGAAAAUUGCACUUUAUGGUCCGUGGAAAUUGCACAAUGAGAGACCCGCAAUCUGCUCAACGGAUGUAAUGAUGCGAUAGCAGCUAGGUUUGGUAAAUCCACCACUGUGAAUACCUCCCAUGCAUCGCACUGUUGUGAGAAGCACCUUGCGUUUUUCGACUAGCCAUCUCUAUAAGCAGUUGUAAGUUUCCUUCGCGCCCAGAAAGGCGUUUCCGACUCGGCAAGGCAUCAUACACUUGGGCAGAGUCCAGGUCACACAAGUCGCGAUCAAUAUCGCUGAUGAACGUAUAGUGGAAGCGGAAAUAGCCUGCACGGCGUCAAGCCUUGGUACAAUCGUUCAUUCAGCAUGACUUCGGCAUUUUUUAAAGCGGGUGACGACUUUGAAAAGGUUCAAGCUGCUCGGCCGGAUUUUACACGUGAUGCAGAGGUCACUUUCUCAAAGCCCCCUAAGCCAGACUGGAAACAGGGCGAGGGUGCGAAUGAUGGCGGCGAAAGUUUGAAGAAGAAUCAUGUCGAGAUCGACCCUCAUGAGGAAGGAAGGCCGGUUUCAUCUAACUACAAGAUCUUAAUCUCGGGGAUGGUUCCUAGGCCCAUAGCGCUCAUCAGUACCAAGUCGAAGGAUGGAAAGUCUGCCAACUUGGCGCCUUUCAGUUAUUCACAGGUCGUCAAUCAUGACCCUCCUCUCUUUGUCGUCGGCUUUGUUGGAUCGCUUGAGAAAGCCAAAGACACGCUGAAGAACCUCGCCGAGACAGAAGAAUGCGUCAUUAACAUCAUCUCUGAACAUUUCGUGGAGGCAGCAAAUGCGACCGCCGUCAACGCUCCAUAUGGUGUUUCCGAAUGGGAGAUAUCCGGAUUGCACCAGGCACCUAGUUCGGUGGUCCAGCCAGCCCGCGUGCAGGAAUCAAUCUUAUCUAUCGAAGGCAAACUCGUCGAAACCAAAGAAUUUGAAAGCAGAACGACGCCCGGAAAGAAGACUGGAGUAUUGGCCAUCAUUGAGGGUGUCCGAUUCUGGGCGAGAGAGGAUGCCAUCAAUGAGGAUCGAAGCGUGAUUGACCUUAAGGUCUUGAAGCCCAUCAGUCGGCUAGGGGGGAUACAGUACGGGCGAACUACCGAUGCGAUCGAGAUACCUAGACCACAAUUCUAAACAUGACGGAACUGUUCCAGCAGGGUUGGUUCCCGACUAGUACAAAAAGAACUGCGAGCUAUGUUGGAGAGGAGUGCACAUCGAGAAUUGAUAAGUGGCAAUUUGACAUAGGUCUCUGAACCUUGUAGCACCUGAGAGUUCGUCCUGUAUUGUAGAAUGUAGGCGUUCUGCAACCCCGACUUGAAGCCAUGUCACUUUGCUGGAUAUGUAGUAUGAAAGUUGGAAAGACUCUCAUAAACUCCGAUAAAUGAUCAUAUUAUUUUCCAAGAAAUACCAGGUUUAACGUGCCAGAGAUGUGUCUCCUUGGGUGGGUUCUGAUCAAUUAGGUAUCGGAGUUGAUGCCGAAAGUCGGUUGACACUGCGAUAUGUGGGGAUAGAAAAGAGGGUCUGAUUUCCCCAACAACCCACUGCCUCGGGGACUCCGGGCGGGAAAAGAAUGGAGACCCCAGAGUCCAGACUCCAGCUUUAUAAGUGAUUGUCCGUCCAGCUCCUUAGGCGGUUAAAUUGACGCAAAACACCUGCAGGAACCGAUCCAUGACAAUGGUAUUUAAUUUAGUUCUUCUGUAUAUUCAGCCUAUCUUCCUGUUUUUUAAGCUUCUCUGAUUUUCACGAUAUAGCGCUUGGUUAGAUUGUCGCAAGAUAGAUUUUUGACUCCAAAGCUCGACAAGUAAGGUACAUUUGGGGCACGUCACAUGAGGAAUCGCUGGGUCCAACCUGGAAUCCUUUUGGGCCCG